AAUUAUUUUCACUAAACAUGAAGUUUGUCCAGAGUGAAUUAAAGUAUUAUUAACAUUGUAUCGAAGUUUUUAAUACAUAAUUGUGAUAAAAAAUGAAACAUAAGCACACCAUGAAGAAAAUUCUCUUUUUCUUUGUCAGACAGAAAAUAAAUUCACACUGCACAAAAUAGAAAAACCGUUGCUCAUUCAAAAAACCUAAAUGUCAUUUUAUCCCCUAGACAGCCGGAUAUCGAAGAGUCUACUGUACUUUGACAAAAAAAAAAUCGAAAAGUGUUAGGUUGUAUUACACCUAACUUUUAAAAUUUAACUAUUGACUUUCUAGCAUACCUUUUUAUGAUCUUGUUCACUUACAUAUCCAUGGCAAAAAAGAUGUACAGUAGACUCUCGCUAAUUCGGCUCUUUUAAGAUCGGGAUUUUUUAAUUCGGUUGGCAGUUAAACUUGAAAAAGUUUGUUACAUUUUUAAAGUUUGUCUAUAAUUAUCGAAAAAAGCAAAUAUUCCAAAAUUUGUCAUGGUUUGACUUAAGUUAUGUUAGGAUUUUGCAUUAUUAUGAAGUUUUUAAUGUAAUUGCCAAUAAAAAUGCGUAUGUAAACUUAAUAUGAGUAUGCAAAUGAACAAAAAGUCGUUGCAUUUCAAAUAAUUUGAUGCCAGAAUAGCGGCUCAAAUUUUUUUCUAUAGAUAGCCUCCAUAGACCUUCUACAAUGUCGUAAGUUUCUUAGAAUUCGAACAAGGAAUUUAGAAAAUAAAAAAUAUCGAAGUUUUUAGCCCUAUUUUUGAAAUAUUUUCCUUGCAGAAGAUAUCAAUUAUUACCUACUUAUUUUCCAAAAUUGAUGCACUGGUGAAUAUUUCUUAAAUAAUUUGUAUUCUUUGAAUACGAAUCCGCUAUUUAUUUUAGAAUUUCACAAAGGUUCUUUUCCCCAGAAAUCCUUUUAUUAAAAAUGGCCACUUGGGGUAAAAAGUAACGUAAGGUAUAUAGAGCAAAAAGUAACAAAAAAGCGAAGCAAUUUCUGAUGUCUUACGGCGACAAGAAACGUCAUUAUCAUGUCUAGCCGCUGCAUUGGUCAAACGAUUUGCAGUCUUUUGUGUGUUUUUUUCGAAAAUGGCUUGAAAAGCGCUUUUCUCGUUUUCUCACUUUUCUGGCAGAGAGAACCCUGUUUUACAAAGUUGCACGUUAAAUUCUUAACGUGUGCUAACUCGGAAUGCAUGCAAAUUCGACUUAGAGCUGAAGUUGGGGGACGCCCGGGACGCCAUUCAGUUAUCUUGAAUUAAAUUCGUGCAUUUAUACAUUAUUUUUUUAUUUAAACCAAAGAAACCAAAAUAUCAAGGUUUUGGAUGGACUGACAGAAAAGUGAUAAUGGGUGAAGUGUGAACCAGAGUGUUCUCUAUAAUCUUGCCAUAGAACUAGACUAGAUCUCAUCGAUUAAUCAGAAGCCGAGAUAAUCGAGGUUGUUUGUUUCUGAACUUGUUUUUUCGACCACAGCGCCCCAAGUGUUCAUUUGGUGAACUUCAACUAUAUCCAAGAAUUGUUGUAUUUUGUGAGACUUUCUAUUUAAAACCCUAUUUUAAGUGUCUUUGUGGAGUAGAGGCAGUCAAAUUGGCAUCUGAGUGAUUUCAAAGCGAUAUUAUGGGAAAAAUCAAUUUUUUCACACUUAAACGGCAAAAUCGGAGUGAUAGCGUAGUCUGAGCGGAAAAUAAUGUAUGGACGAAAUGUAGAGACAAAUGUCCUCUACAAUUAUGUCAAAGUAAUCAUCAAAAUCUGUUCAGCGACAGUCGAGAUAAUUGAGGUUAUGUGAUAUUGAAAUUGGUUUUUCGACUGUGGCGCCCCUGGUGUUGGCCCCACGAAAUUCAAAUAUUUUAAAAAGUUGUAGCAUUUUAUGAUAUCUUUCGUUUGAGUCCUCACUUAUUAAAAUCGGGCCAAUAGAACCGGAGAUAUGAUUUUUUAAAUUUCGUGAACUUUGACCCCUUUUAUCUCUGGUUAUAUUGAAAUCACAGCGAACCCACGCCACUUUUUGAAAACAUCCUAGAUCGGACUACGACACUACGCAGCGCUACCUGUGGUGACUUUUUGAACUUCCAUCUGAAAAUGCUCAUCGAGACGAAACCAAAAACCCAAAAUUCAGCUCAAAAUGUUAAUUAGAACCGGAGAUAGAGCCGGUCAAUUUUCGCACUUUGACCCCUCAUAGCUCGGGUCAGGGUUUAUUGAUAGACUUAUAUAUUUUUUUGUUUAAUAGAUAUAAUCUGCGGCUACAACAUACUAAAAUUUCAGCCCGAUGCAUAAAGGAAUUUUCGAGUUAUUUAACUUAGAAAAUUGAAAAAUUUUCUUUUUAAUAUUAGCGCCCCUAGCGGUAGUUUUAUGAACUUGCGAUGUGGCAUUUCUAGUGCAAACAAGUCAACGAUUCAUAACCGUUUUGUAAAAAAAAAACGUUUUUUUUUCAGGAAUGGGAAAAGGAAAUUCAACGCAGUUUCCAGAAAACCAGCGAAGAAUUUAACUUUCGAAAAUGGAUUGAUGAUAUCAAAGCUAAACGGAGUCCCCAAAAAGUCUAUUUGAAAGCUAAAACACCUUCACCUGGUCCAGAUGCACAACACGUCCCCAUUGGGGUCAUUAAGAAGACUCCUGUGAGGAAGAUUCCUCAUCUUGAGGGUACAUUCUACGGUCCAUUUCCGCGUCCACUGGCUCCUGAUCGCCUCACUCAAACCCAUGAUAAAUUCCUAAUUCCCCAUACAAUGACACGUCGAGCUGAAGGGUAUUUUGAGAAGAAAAAAGGACAGAAUAGAGCACUUAGGCGAGCUAGACUUCUUCACAUGAAGACGCCAUUGCCGCCAGCAAGUGAUUGUUCAUCUGAUGAUAGCGUUGAGAAUGUUAAGAGCUUGACUUUGAUCAAAACCCCUUAUUUUGUCAUACCAACGUUUAAAUUUCAACCAAGAAGAAAGAAAGAUCGCUUGAGGAAUCGCUUCUUGAGCAAAAGUCAAUUGAGAAGAAUUUGUAUGCUUCUCUAUGAUCGGUCUAGGCUUUCUCUGGCAAAAACUCAAGAUGGCGCCGACAAAAUGGCCGACGAUGCUAAGGGAGCGUCGCCAAAGCACGUGCAUAAGCUUAAACGUCUCAAAUCUACAACGUCGGAACUACGGGAAAGAUAUCGAAAUUUUAUCCGAGAAUGUUACAAAGUGAAUUUGAGGGAUUUUGAAGAGAUUUACGGUGGUCCAAAAGAAGUUAUUUGCUUCGAGGAAUUCAAGCAUUCCGGAAAGGAAGGUUCACGACCAAGUAGCGUAGAUAUUGCUGAUGAUCCAGUGAUAAAGAUUGAGAAGUUGGAACGGAAAAGUGCGCGGAAAACCAAGAGAAUUAACUAUCAACUUUAUAGACCUCCAAAAAUCUUCACAAGAAAACGUCACAUGAAAUUUACAAAGAGAGAAUCGAGUUUAGGACCCUUGUACUUAGAUCCUAGAUUUAUGGAGAAAUUCAGAAAGCCAAAAAUGUUCACCAGGUGGCAAAAGUUCUACACAAGUGCCCUUAGGGAUCGUCCAGAGACCCGGGAUCGCCUUAAUGUCACCUCAAGAGCUUUUGACGAAGAACGUUUUGGGUUUGACGAGAAAUUUCUGCAUCGCUUGGCAACAGAAUGGGACGAUAAUUAUAUCAAUGACUUACGGCAUCGACCACCAGCCAGAAAAUUCUGCGUAAAGAGUGACAUAUUGAAAUUGAGAGAGGCAACAAGGAAGAUCUUCUCAAUGUACUAUACAUCAGAGAAUUUGUUGAAUUUGCUGGAGCAGCAGAAGGCUGAAGAAGCAUCUAUUAAGGAAGUUGAGAACUUUUCAAACAUUUGUUCAGAUUUUUUAACUAACAUUAAGAAUGACUCAUAUGACAGAGUCAUUCGCAAGGCUCAGGCAUUAAAGCCACUUCAGCAGAAGACAAAAGAACUCAGCCUUCAAGUUGAAACAUUAAGAGCUGAAUUGGAAUUUGUCACUGAAUCUCUUCUCGAGGAGGAAAGAAAAUGGGAUACUCUGAUGAAGCUCCAGAAUUACUAUUAUCUCCUGAUGGAGCCUGAAUGGCGCAAACUCAAUGACUGGAUCCACCGUUCGGCCUCUGGGGAUCUCCAUGAGGCUGUGGAUAUCAUUGAGAACUGUUCAAGGAUAAACGUGAGAGAUAAGACGUCUCCUGAGAAUAUUCGGAAAUUUUUCGAAAGAGAAAUCUUUCCAAAUAUUGAGAAGAUGAAAAGCAUUGUUCCUGAUCCCAUUCUACUGAGAAAUGGUCUGCAAACUCUUAAGCAGAAAGUUUUUACUUCCCUGAAUCAAUACAAUAAAACCCUGUGGAUCUAUGAGAUCUUUAUGCGCCAGGCGGAUGGCCUGAAAUUGACCUUUGACCGUUCUGAGAAGAAUCAGCGCAAAAUGAUGAAAUUCCAGACUGCUCAAGAGACCUUCUUGGAGGAGAGAGCUUACCUGUUGAACUUUGAGGUGAAGCAGGUGAUGGGAAAGCCCCUGGAGAGAAGUAUCAAGAGUCCAGCAGCAUCGAGAAUCAAAAUAAAGGCCAUAUGCAAUCAGCUGUAUGACUUCAUUGUUCCCAAGGAGAGAAGGUGCCCCCAAAUUGAUGAACAGAUGACAUCCAGUGAGAAAUUUGCUAAACUCCACGAUUACGUCAUGGAGCUACUCCAUCAACUUGAUCGGAUUCCCGUUCUCAUACUUCACAAAACUGAGAAGGAGAUCCGCCGGGAGCAAUUAUGUCUCCUCAGGGAGGCCCAAAAGGCCGUAGUGAAACAAAAUCGCUUUGAGUUGCUCCAGAAACAAAUCAAGGGGCAUUUCAAGAGUACCCAAUAAAAGUCCCCACAA